CGAGUCAAAACACUCAGUUGGGCUUGUGGGACACCUGGAGUGAGGGUUAUGGAUCCCACCUGUGGGAUUUAGGAUUCUUAAAAUGAGUCUUCAGAAGCAAACCCCUAGUGAUUUCUUAAAGCAAAUCAUCAGACGGCCAGUUGUGGUAAAAAUAAAUUCUAGAAUAGAUUAUCGAGGCUCCUGGCUUGCCCAGAAUGGCUACAUAAAUAUAGCCUUGGAGUCAACAGAAGAAUAUGUAAAUGGACCACUGAAGAAUAAGUAUGGGGAUGCAUUUAUCCAAGGAAAGUACGUCACUACACAGAAGAGAAGGAUGUGAAGAAACCAAGAGAGCCAUACUUUCAUAGUUGGAUAUGUGUUUUAUGAAUUUGUUUCUAAUUUUUGCUUCUUUGUGAUAUAAUUUGUCCUGUUUUUAUAAUAGUUGGUGAUUUUUCACUGACAUGUAAGAUAAAUGUAUACAAUU